AUGCUCGCCCUUUCCGCGGCCCCACGUGCGGCGCGCGCCCAGCCCGCCGCCGCGGCCCCGAAGGAGUCACCCGCCGCCACCGCCGCCGGCCGCCCGGGCGCGUCGGUCAGGCAGGUCCCCGCGUUCACCGGCGUCGUGAGCUGCGCCCCCUUCACCGUGCUGGUUGCGCCCAGCAGCGGCCCCGGCAACGCUUCGUCCGUCCUCCUGGAGGCCGACCCCGAGGUCUCCUCGGCCGUCGCCCUGCAAGUGGCCGACGCCACCCUGUACGUGUCCCUAACCUCGGACUUUGCCUCCCGCGCCCCCAUCAAGCUCACCGCCCGCGUGCCGGCCGACAAGCUCACGCGCGUCGCCAGCCGCGGCGGCGCCACGGGGGGGGGGCCACAUUUGUGA